AUGCCUGGUGGGUCCAUGAGAGUGCAAGGUGGCAAUGCCGAGAGUCAAGCGUCUGCUGUGCCGCAGGGAGAUGGUCAGAGGAGAGCGAGGCAGGGGUUUGAGAGUGAGACAGAUGAACCUGAUGAGACGCGCAGAAGAGUGGAGGAAGCGCGGCGACCGCAGUGGACACUUUUGAGUCGGGUGGAGGAUGUAAUGCUGGAGGGAAGCACUAGCAGGACCAACAUGAAGCUGAAUGAUUUUCUUAGGAAUCAUGUUGGCGGCAGGGCGGCCGUUGAUGAAGAC